AUGGCUCUGCGCUCCGCUAUAUCGCUCGGCAUCAACCUUCGGUUCAAAGACGACAAGACCCAUCACGCAUCCAAGGAAGCACGGUGCCGUCUUUGGUGGUCCAUAUUCCUUCUUGAACAUCUCCUGACCUCAAUCACUGGCCGGAUAUCUGGCUGCGGUGAAGAACUCAGUGCUGCGCUGCUUCCUGUGCCAUUUGACGAACGAGGAGGCAGCCGGAGAUCACCACUCAACGACAUCUUCCACGACGCGGCGCUGCAAGCGAGCCGCCUCCAGUUGACGAUAUAUCAGAACGAUGAGGAAGCCCAGAUUGCCAGAGACUGGCUUUUUCGCUGCGAGCCUAGCCCCCUGCUCUUCUUUCACUACGUUGUAGACCUCAGUAUCAUCGCCCAGACGGUGAUCAACAGCGUCUAUAGCAUUCAGGGCCUCCGCCAGACACCCGGUCAACUCGAACAGCGGCUCCAAAAACACAGCAAGAGCAUGGACCUCUGGCUCCGCAAAAUUCCAGAAGCCUACCGCUUUUUCCUCUCCACCACAGACGAUAGGUACCACAUUGAACCCGGCGCGGACUAUGUUCGCGAGCGUAUCACACUUGCAAUCUACUACUACAGCGCGCGAAUCACCCUCUGCCGCCCUUGUCUCUCGCAUACCCCAAACUCUCUUCAGAAAGCCCGAGAUCCCAAAUCCAAGUCUAGCUUCCGUGCCACAAUGACCCUCGCCUGCCUCCAGGCCUCGUGCUCGCUUCUUUCCAUUCUUCCCGAGAAACCCAACACUGUCUGGCUAACCACAGUAACUCCCUGGUGGGCGAUCCUGCAUUACAUUAUGCAAGCGACGACCGCUCUACUAAUCGGCCUCUCAACAUGCGCAACAUCAGACAACGAAACGAACACAGCCGAUCAGAAUAAAGUCCCACCGCUAACGCGCGAGAUGCUCGUCAAGGAGACCCGCAAAGCAUUCUUUUGGCUGCACCACCUGGCCUUCUCGAGCCGCGCCGCGCGACGGGCAUUUAUGAUAUGCGAGGGCUUUCUAGGGCGCAUGGGGCCGAGUUUGGGAAUUGAUGUACGGGAGCUACCGAGCUCGGAGACGCUUCCACCGCAGGGAGAGGAUAUUGAAAUGAGUGAGAAUGGGCUGACAAUGGUGGAUGACGGCUAG